UGUUAAAGAUCACUUUGUCUGAGUUGCAUCACAACUUAAUUUGGAUGAAAUGGGGCUUGACGACAAUGAUGUUUCUCUACUUUAUUUUCCCAGGUACUCGCUCCCUGGUCACAGUUCACCAGCCCCCCGUGCUCACCGCUGCUCUGGGUAAUGAUGUUAUCUUGCCGUGCCAGCUCGAGGUUUCCAAUGACGAGAAGAUGCUGACUCCACCAGUUCUGUAUUGGGUGCACUUAACACAGGACAAGGAAAAUCCCAGACUGUGGACCCCCUCUGAGAAAUAUGAUCAACGCGUAGAACUUCUGGAAAAAAACCCAAACUCUUCAAACAAGUCCGUACUCCUCAAAAAUGUCCAGUGGGCAGAUAAUGGGAAGUACCUUUGCAAGCUCUCCAUCACCACGGAGAGGCAUAAAAGUUUUAGGAGGAAAGGAAAUGAAACUUUAUUGAUGGUUUAUGACACCAUGACCUUUAACCUCACCAAUCACAAUGACUCUGUGCUCCGGUGUGAAGUAAACGUGACCCAGGAGCCUGGACUUGUUUUGUCCAUUUUUCACGAUGGAUGCAAAGGGCAAACUGUUGACGCUGCGCCAGGAGAUGACGUUGCAGCUCUGCACUAUGUGACGCUUUCUGCGACUAUUUCUCUGAGGGGUGGUGGAAAAUAUGAGUGUCAGCUGCACUUGGAUGAAGAUUUGAUAACCAAGAGCAGCUUCCAGUACUCGCCGCCUGUGGCUGGAGAAGCUGGAGAUGCUGGAAAAAAGGUUUUGACAGCACAUCCAAAAAUCAUCUGUGAUGCUGAGUUUGUCAAUAUCUGGCUGAAACGGAGGCGCUUAGCGAUGGAGAUCCUGGCGGAGCAGCACAGAAAGAAGACCGAUCCUUCCAUCUAUGAGAUCAAAGUUCACAAACAGGGGCCCUCAGCUUCAGUCAAUCCAAGUCAGAAGAGAAGCACACACAUAACUGUUCAAUCUGUCAAAUAUUUACCUCUUACCUCAGGGGCGGCACCCUUUAGAGCUCAAAUACAUCAUACUGGUUCAACAAAGCUGUCCCAUUUCAGAAGUGUGACUUUCUUUUUUCCCACAAUCAGAGGACACAAUCAGCCCUCAGGAUCCCAAAAUUCAAUCAGUUGUUUCAUGGUGCAUUCGGGCAGUCAUUGAUUCACAAGUUUCCAUGCCAGGUCCCUGGUUCCCUGGUAGGAUGUGGGUUGCAUAUUUAAACACAGGAUCCAACAAUUUAGCAUCGAAAGAUGGAUGGAUGAUGAAUGACUUUUUUAAUAUAUAUUAUUAAUGCUUCGAUAAUCGUGGC